AUGUUGAUUGGUGAUAAUUUUGCUAAUUGGAAGGACCAAAUUAUUUUGACCUUGGGGUGCAUGGAAUUGGACUUGGCACUACGUAUGGAUAAUCCACCCAUUCUCAUGGUAGAAAGUGCUCAAGUAGAUAAGGAAAACUAUGAGUGGUGGGAGCAAUCUAAUCGCUUGAGUUUAAUGCUCAUAAAUUCCCAUGUAAGCAAAAGCAUAAGGGGGUCUAUUCCUGAAAGUGAUAAGGUUAAGACUUAUAUGAAUGAUAUUGAGGAGAAAUUUCUUAGCUCUAAUAAGUCCAUGGCCAACACCCUAAUGGAAAAGCUUUCAAGCAUGAAGUAUGAUAUGGGUGUGUGUGAGCACAUUAUGGAAAUGAGGGAUUUUGUUGCUAAACUAAAGUCCCUCGAAAUUGAGAUUUCUGAAUUAUUUCUUCUCCAUUUCUGA